AUGUUAAUAUUAAAAGAAAAAGAUAUAUUAGAAUUAUGUGAUUGGAAAGAGAUCAUAGAUGUAGUGUAUGAUGUAUUUGAAAGACAAUCAAACAAUCAAACUAUUACACCACAUAGAAUUCUGAUCAAUCUAGAGGCCCAGGGAGCCGAUAAGAUCACGGGAGGCACCUACUUCAAACCAUCGUUUGUAGAGGGUGUGGGAUUGGGUUGCAAGGUAGUGUCGGUGUAUCCCGACAAUGCAAAGAAGAAUCUUCCCGUGGUACCCGCAUCGAUCUAUUUGGCCGAUACGCACACUGGCAUGCCCAAGGCUUUGUUGGCUGGUACCUACAUUACUGGGUUUAGAACGGCUGCAGGGUCUGCUGUAUCGGCAAGGAUCAUGGCUAAAAAGGAUGCAAAGAUCAUGGUGGUCUUUGGGUCUGGUCUUCAAGCAGAAUCACACAUACUCGCAUUGAUGACGGAAUUUCCCAACCUUGAAGAGGUGAUCAUUGGGUGUCGUAGAAUGGAAAGUGGAAACAACCUUUUGGAACGUUUAAAAACUACAUAUCAUGUGUCAACUGAAAAGAUCCGAUUGGUUGAAGGCAAGGGUGAUGAAUUGGCAGCCAAGGCUGAUAUUAUUGUGACUGCAACCAGUUCAUCCACACCACUAUUCAAUGGAAAGGUUGUCAAGCCCGGUACCCACAUUAUAUGUGUUGGUACGGCCUCUCCCAAAGACCGAGAAGUCGACAAUGACGCCGUUGUCAACAGUCGCGUCAUCGUCGACGAGUUGAGUUCAUGUAUUGUCAGUGGUGACCUGGCUGCUCCGCUUGAACAAGGUGUCAUCAAAGAAUCACAUAUCCUCGGACCUCUGGGAGACGUACUCACAGGCAAGAUCAAAGCUCGUACAUCACCAUCAGACAUUACCCUCUACAAAUCAGCAGGUACUGCUAUCAUGGACAUUGCAACAGCUCAUUGGUUUACAACUAAAGCAACUCAAUUAAACAAAGGUUUAUUAAUAAAUGAUUUUAAUUAA